AUGGGGGACUGCGAGGGCUCUCGGGUCUGGGGUGGGCUGGAGGGGGCGUCGCAGUGCAUGGCCAUCCCAGACCUCUCACGGGAGGUUGCGGCUGUGCCAGGCUGGGUUCCCUCUGUCCCUCCCAGUGGCUCCAGGUCUCGGAAGGUGCGCUCGAUCUCCAGGACACGCCAUGUAGAGCUCCUGGUGGUGGCAGAUUUCAGUCUGUACCAGGCGCUGGGCUCUGAUAUCCGCGAGUAUCUGCUGGUGCUGUUCGCUGCAGCUGACCGUCUUUACCGCCACCCGUCCCUGGCCAGCGACGUGCGGCUGGCUGUGACCAGGAUCCUGGUGAUGCAGCACAGCAGCGAGGGCCCUGAGGUCCUGCAGGAAGCCCAGCAGACCCUGCACAACUUCUGUGAAUGGCAGAGGCAGAUGCGUGCAAGGCCAGAGUGGGCAGACGAGAAAUAUGAUGCAGCCGUGCUCCUGACACGAGAGAACCUGUGCCAGGAACAUUUCUGUGAGUCCUUGGGCCUGGCUCACAUCGGAACUGUUUGUGAGACUAACCUCAACUGCGCAGUCAUCCAAGACAUUGGACUACAGAGUGCCUUCACCGUAGCUCACGAAAUUGGGCAUCUCCUUGGUAUGCCGCACGACAGUUCAGAUAUCUGUACACAAGUCGGGGAGCUGCCAAGUUCCAAUCAGAUGAUGUCGAACAUGUUGACACGGAUCGAUUACUCUGAACCCUGGUCCAAGUGCAGCAGUAAACUUUCUCUGGGCUUCUUCGAAAGUGGACGAGCUGACUGCCUGCUGAACAAACCAGAGGUCUCUCUCGCAGAGUCAGCACCUCUGGCUGGGAGAAAUUAUGACGCAGACCAACAAUGCCGCCUAACCUUUGGACCAGGACAUCGCUGGAGGCCAGGAAGUGACCCCUGUCGCAUUCUUUGGUGCAUUGCCAGGCAUCAGGGAGAGUGGCUUCAUGCCAGCAAACAGCUACCAGCUGCUGAUGGGACUGACUGUGGCCAAGGGCGGGUCUGUAUGCGGGGAGAAUGUAUCUCCAAUUGGCAACAAGCAAAGCCCAUUGAUGGUAACUGGGGAUCCUGGGGUCCCUGGGGCCAAUGUUCCCGGACAUGCGGUGGUGGUGUUCAGUUCUCUAGACGUCGCUGUGACAACCCACUUCCUGCCUCCUUCGGGAGAUAUUGUCAGGGACGGAGAGAUAUCUUCCAGUCUUGCAAUCUUACUCCUUGUCCGGACAACAAUGGUCGGACUUUUCGGGAUGAACAGUGUGAGGCCAGAAACAGGCCUGCUCCUGUCGGGCAGGGUUACUACGAGGAGUGGGAGCCUUACUAUCAUGGCAUCCGCGAGACCGACCUCUGUAAACUGAACUGCCUCCUCAAGGGCACCUCGCAAGUCACCGUUUUCAACAUUAAGGUGAAAGAUGGGACUCGGUGUACUCCACACAGCGAUGCUGUUUGCGUUCGGAGCCGGUGCAUCAAGACAGGCUGUGACGGGAUCAUCGGAUCGAGGAAGCGGUACAACAAAUGUGGGAUGUGCGGCAGGGAGGACUCAGCUUGCCUGCGGGUCAUCCAGCAUUUCCGCAACAGGACGAUCAACUACAGCGAUGUGGCCGUGAUCCCCGUCGGGGCAGCCAACUUCAAAGCGCGACAGGAAUUCAGGCGAGGGCAGACUCGGCUCACGGCCUACCUAGCCCUGAAGAGACUGAAUGGCAGCUACAUCCUAAAUGGGGACACCCAGAUCUCGGGUUUCGACAGUCUCCUGACUGUGGGGGGGGUUGAUCUGCGGUACUUGGGUUGGAGCCCACGGCGAGACGUGCUGGGGGCAGUCACGCGUGGCGCGCUGACUGAGCCGCUGGUUUUGCAGGUGUACAAUCCGAGCAGGCAGCGAAUUGUCCGGGUCCUCUACUCUUACUAUGUACCCAAGGAGCAGAUGAAUAAUGGCAAGCCCACCCGCAUGCCAACUGCAACACUAACUAGUUAUGACACACUGCCCAAUCCCACACUGACCAAAUGCAUCAUGGCCAAUGUCACAACUCCCACUACAACGUUGCCCACUCACAUGCUAACCACCCGCAUAGACAAAGACAUGCUGGUUACACUCAGUCGCCCUGUGACACCAACCCUCCACACAACAGCCAAGGGUACAUUGCCCAGUCAUAGACUCACACUCACAGUACCCAAUCGUAGGCCCACACUCACAGUGCCUAUUUACAGACCAACACCCACAGUACCCCGACAUGGAACGACACCCAAAAUGCCUACUCGCAGGCCAACAUCCAGAGUACCCAGUCGCAGAACCGCACCCACAGUGCCCAGUCGCAGAACCACACCUACAAUGCCCAGUCGCAGAACCACAUCCACAAUGCCCAGUCGCAAAACCACACCUACAGUGCCCAGUCAUAGAAAUACACCCACAAUGCCCAGUAGCAAGUCUGCUCCAACUCUAAGCUCUCGCUCGAUAACCAAAGCCACACAGCACUACGGCCAUCCGGGUAAGAGGGAGCCCUCACGUGGCCUGCACAAUGCGACACUGCCCACUCCCAAACAACGCACCCACUCAUUUUACAGACCACCGCGGCCCACCCGCGUACGGCUCAACCCACCACUGUCCCGCACCAAGGCCUCUUCCACCAGCUGGCACCCUGGGCCAUGGCAGAGCUGCUCGGUCACUUGCGGUGUAGGGUGGCGGGUUCGGUGGCUACGGUGCCUGGAUAGGCACGGUGUUCUCUCAGCAGGCUGUGACUACUGGGCAAAGCCAGCUGGUAUGGCUCUGUGUGUGAUGCAGAAAUGUUGA